GGCCUAUAAACAACUGGCACUGCGCCUGAUUCAAGAUUAUUCCAUUUCAAGAAGGAAAUAAACUCUCUUUAUAAGUGUAAAUAACAUCACAAUUUAUUGCUUGUGUAUCAAAACGGAUUAUAUUUAUUGUAAAUAACAAGCCCAUAUGUGUGUCUUACUAUAAAAGCGAACUUGGAAAUCAAGUUGGUCUGAUCCAUACGCAUCAUAAUGGCACGAACUCCUGUCUUUGUCAAUAUAUAUGACAUGUACUGGAUAAAUGAAUACACUUCCAACUUUGGCCUGGGAGUUUUUCAUUCAGGUGUUGAAGUGUAUGGGACAGAGUAUGCCUACGGAGGCCACCCGUUUCCCUUCUCAGGAAUCUUCGAGAUCACGCCGAGAGACGCGCAGGCAAUAAAGAUAGGCUACACGGACUUCACGGAGGGGGAGGUCAUCAAGAUAGUAGAAGAGCUGGGCAAGGACUUCCGUGGUGACAAGUAUCACCUGAUGUCAAAGAACUGCAAUCACUUCACAUCGACUAUUACGUCGUACCUAACGGGUAAGGAAAUACCUAGCUGGGUCAACCGGCUUGCCUACUUCUCUUCAUGCGUGCCAUUCUUACAACAGUGUCUACCAAAGGAGUGGCUUACGCCGGUAGCCCUACAACAGUCUUUGCAAUCGCCUGGCUUCGAGGCACGUCACUGAGGUUGUGCCCUCCUAGGUUCGGAUUUCUAGUGAGAGACACUGGCUCAGCACUGCCAUCUAUGUGAACCAGCAGAUUUGAACGGCUGGAAACACAUGAACAGCACAAGGUUUAACUCGUCUGAUCUUGGGCUGAGUGUGCAGCAAUUAGGACUCUGUAUAUAUAAACUAUGAUGAAAUACCCACUGGCUAGGUUGAAUAUGUAGAUGGGAACGGCGUCGAAGGACUGUGCGAUGGACUGCGCGUGUGUCAUGCAGAGGAAGACAAUGGUAGCCGUGAGGCAGGGACAGAAGAUGGAGUCAAAUGUCGGCCAUUAUCACCGGGAGUGAAAUAUAUGUAGUAUGCAUAAUAUAUAUCAUGUCACUCCUGAUGUCACGGGCUUUACCACGGAGACGGAAAGAACUUGGACUUGGAAAGGCCGGAGAUCUAUUCUGCGUGUUUGCAUCGAUACAAAACACGUGGAGAUUGCCCAUGGGGUGGUUUUCAUGUGUGACGUCUGGUCGUUCAUGUGUUGCGGUCGUCUGCAUGGCUGCAACCCGUCCUACUUACCAGACUUACCAUCGACGCAUACAGCAUGGAGGACCAAAUUGGAACCUCUUGUUCUAGUCCCGGAACCUCUCGUUCUAGUCAGGCCGUAGUUCUGCACUGUGCUGAAUUGUGGCUGUCACAGCAUCCCAUUGAAGCAGAAGAAUGCAUGGGUGAUGGUAAGAGGGAGAGUAGCCGAGCACGCGAGUGAGAUCUUGACGCUGGAGCCAGAUAUUACCAAGUAUGCGCUACCAAACGGGUGGGAAUUUUUCAGAGCUUGACUUUAGUAGACAAAAGUGAAUUAUGUACGUAUAAAGUAAUGGGAGGAGGUUGGUGUACAUAACAGGCUGUUCUGUUGAAUGUGCAGAACUGCAAACUGUAACUGUAUAUGAGACAGCUGAAUUCGCUUGAGAACCACUACCCCAGUCAGCCCUUCUCCCUCAUAUAUAUCAGAACAAAAAAUUAUUCAUAAACAUGGCUUCCUGACAGGUCAUCAUUUGAAUAUAGCAGACAAUCAUUCAUGCUCUCUUUGAUGCACAUGGCUUGAAACUGUGAUCAGGUCAGGUCUCAUACUGUGCCCCUCUUCACAGCUACAAGCAGUUAUCGCAACAGGCAGCAAUACACCUGGCGAUGGAGUAACUGUUUCUCAUAUUCCCUGCUAAUUCCAGUUCUAGACUUUUGUUUUGGUGUCACGUGAGUGUCACGGUUGCGUGCAAACACUAAGGAACUGAUUCACUACUAGUACUAACUGCCACGAACCUAGUGUCACAUACCGUUAAACAAAAUAUUAAAUACCGAAGUACAAAGAUAGAAUCUAACAAGGUAUAUAGGCGAUGAAAAUUACUUUGUUGGAUGCAUUGUAGCAAGUGGAACAUCAUAGUCUGUAAGAAGGUGUACUUCUAUGUGGGCGAUACAGAAGUGAAAUAGAGGGAAUAGGGGUGGAGUAUUGUCUGUAUAAUAGAACUAGUAUCCUCAUGGUGCAGGCAAUCUUAGAAAACUAGACAGUCCGCGUUUCAAGCAUUUCAUAACACUUCAACUCAAUGUACAAUAUGGUUCCAAUUCAGAACUUUCUCAGAAAGGUCUUGAGAGAUUUUAUUUUUCUGACAAAAAAACUGGGAUGAAUUCAAUAGGUUUGAGGCGAGUGAUAGGCAUAUUGUGGUAGGCUUUGCACCUAGCUUCGUAAAGUGAUUGCCAUUUUGGGCAGGAAAGCCGUUGAAAUCCUGCACGUUUUCUAUCCUUCGCUCAAACUUAUUAACAACAUUCUCUCUAUUGCAGUCUUCCAUGAAUUUCCUGCUUUGAUCAUCUCCGCUCAGUAAUCAAAUGGCUUCAUCAUUGCCAGCACUUAUGCACCCUGAAGUAAAAAAUCUUGUCAUCAUCAAAUUGUAGCAUUUGCUGGAGCUUACCUUGACAGACUCGGUAGUAUCUUUUGGUGUGUGUGUGCGUGCGUGCGUGCGUGCGUGCGUGCGUGCGUGCGUGCGUGCGUGCGUGUGUGUGUGUGUGUGUGUGUGUGUGUGUGUGUGUGUGUGUGUGUGUGUGUGUGCGCGCGCAUGUGUGUGUGUGUGUGUAUAUAGCUUUUAUAUUGUCCUAGUGUCGCCUAAUUAAAGAACGUUGACAAGUUGAAGUGCCAGACGCCUAACAUUACGUGCACGUAGUUUUAUGUGCUGAAAUUAUGUGCACGCGUGAGUGUGUGCGUGCGUGGGUAUGAAUGUCUGCGAGUGAAUUGAGUGUGCUGGUAUGUGCGUGUAUACAGUGUGUGUGUACGUGCGUGCGUGCGUGAGUGUAUACUGGUAUCUCAGGCCGCCUUCCCCAGAUUUCCUGUUCACUGUAACCUGGCUAACUCACAAAACAAACAAUGGCCCAUUGGAAAAUGUCAUUAACAUACCAUUUCUUGCUAGACUAUUAUUAUUAAACUUAUACAUACAUGACUAUUAUUAUGAAUAUAUCUAUGUUCAAGUUAAUAUUCAUACGGUCAUGCUAUUAUCAUUAUAUUACAGGCGAAGCAAAUUUGUGGGUGUUUUUUUUGCGGAUAACUACCCACAGACGCUUGAGAAGGAUUGCUGCAAAAAAAAUAAAUCUUCUAAGGGUAAUCUUAUACAUGAGUUUGCUUACGAAAUCAAUUACGCUCACGAGCGAAUAUGAGUGUGGUGUGAGUAGUUAUAACAUUAUUUCAUAGGCCUAAAUAUCAGAUCUGUUGGUUCUUAUCCCAAGCAACUAUGAUAACAAACCCUGAAUGGAAAGUCAUGCUGGUGCAUUGUCAUUCCAUCAGACAGGAAAUCUAAAGAUGGUCUAUCUCCUUGCCACAGUAAUAUUGGCGAUGCAUACCUACAAUUCUGAAUGCACAAUAAUACAGAAAUCAGACAAACAAUCCACACAACACAAGAUGCGCAUAUGUUUCUAAAAGUGCCUACUUUCCUGUCAUUACCCACGUUAUGUACUAGGCAAACAUCUGAUAUUUUGUACAUCUAGAAUCUAUAGCGACUCCGUUGAUGGCUAAUAGCAAUAGUCGUUUUGAUUUAUUUGCACUCCCUUUACUUGCCUAAGUUAGAAAACUCUAUAUGAUCACUUAGUGGGUGGGUGUGGGCUUGGUUGUGUGUUUGUCCAAUGGAGCAGUAGUUGGUUGUGUAAAGGGGUAAAGAAAACUGCACUCUAUCAGUAAUUAAUCAGAAUGGACCUUGUCCAUAUAACAGCCUUGCAGACGAUACUCGGUAAGCAGGGAACGUCAGUAAGGAAUAAGCAACUUUUAAAAUGCGAAGAAUAUGACUUGCCUUUUCUGCUCGUUGUUUUAGCUAAAAACUGUGGUGUGUUUGAAGUUAGUUGUUGAUGCAAACUAUUGGGAACGAGAAUUGCAUUGUAAUUCUGUCGUUCCGUUUUAUAAUUUAUGCAUGUUAGAGUAAAUUUGACUUGUUUGACUUGUUUAUGUCUCUGGAUCCUACUGUGCCUGUAAGUAGAGGUGAUAUCCAUUUAAAACUCCAAACCUGCUUGUAAAAUGGUUUUUGAAACAUGAAAUUUCACAGAGGUUGUAUUAGAGAGCAAAAUGAGAUGCAAGCUCCACCUGUUCCGUACAAUCACAAAUCAAACGUGAAGUGGUUAACGACGUUAAGUUCAUUCCACAUGGCAAGUACAUAGCUUUUUAUCUAUAGUAAUGGAUUACAAUCGUUGCUAUUGUUGGUGCAUGUGGCUAAUUUAGUAAGCAAACUCUCCACUCGAUUCUUGAAGCUACGUUGUGUAAGCCUCGAGUAAACUCGUUGUCUCGUUAAGUCUGCGUUUAGUAGGAAGGUUUGAUACAUGCUGUCCAUCCAAUCACACAGCUUUGUGCCAAAAACGUUAUUUAAACCAGACGAGUAUGCAGUGAUGGUGUAACAAUGUCGUAGUAAGUACCAUCAGCAUUGUCUGUUAAAUGUGAUGAACAGUUCUUUGGUUGAUGGCAAUAACAAUGUGACCAGCUAGCUUGACCCUCGAACACUUAUUAAAUGAUAUCACUUGACAGUUGAAGGCAGUUUUUUAACAAAACUGUUAAAGUAAACGGUUAUACUAUUAGAUGUGUAACGUGUGUAGGCAUUAUAGGUGUGAUGUUUUAAGUGUUCUAGUGAAUUGUGUAGAAUUUAUUAACGUCUCACUGGAAUCAUGCACUGCAUUUAAUAGGCCUAAUCGAACUUUGCCUCUCGUUGUCUCAUUUUGGCUGUUGUUUGCUGGAACAACACGGCAGUGGCAUGUGUCAUUCAAAGUGCAAUACCACAAUAACCCAAGACAAGACAAAUGUUAAAAAUUCUUACAAGUUGUAGUUUUCGCUAGGGUAGGGCAAUUAAGCAAUCCAUGUGUGCUAAAUGAAUAGUGCGUACACUGUAGAUAGUGUAUACUUUCACCCACAUUAACUACCAAUAAAACCUGUGCUAUUCACAUGUACAGAGGCCGAUGGAAGCUGCUUAUAACAAAAUCUUGGAUCAAUUUAUUGUCAGCAGUGACAUAGAACAAGGACUUGUAACAGACUAGCUUAGUCAUAUCCCGUGGGUACGUUCACGAUUACGACGUGUCUUUACCGUACAUUGCUGGAUUUCUUGUUAUAGGGACCGAAAUUUUCCUGACUGCGAGUAUAACGAAAGUGUAAAAAAUGUAACAAUUAUUUUCCAUACUGUAAUAAAAAAUAAUUUAUGACAUUGAAUUGUAAAA